AUGAUUUCCAGACGAGCAGAGAAUCGCAGAUCGCUUCCGGAGGACAUUUCGGUACAGGAAAAACCAAAAGGUUUCAAGAUAAGAAGGAGUUCUUUCACGCAGAAGUUACACAUCUAUUGGAGAUAUAUAUUUGUUCUCUUAAUUGGCUGGCUGUUGCUAAUACAAUAUUAUGAGCGGACUGUUGUGAAGCGGGCCAUGAAAAAAUGUGAUUGGGAUCAAUGGGAAGAAUGGGAUUCGAAGGUGGUGGCCCAUAGGGUUGGCCUUUAUGCUGACCCUCAGAUUAUGGAUUUGUAUUCGUAUCCUUCCAGACCAACAAUUGUGAAUUGGUUCACUAGACAAAUACUAGAUAAUUAUCAUGCUAGAAACUGGAAGUUCUUUCACUAUUACAUGAAACCAGACAGUGUUUUCUUUUUAGGGGACCUCUUUGAUGGGGGAAGGAAUUGGGAAGUCAAUGAAUGGAUUACUGAAUAUAAAAGAUUCAAUUCUAUUUUUCCGAAGAAGCCAGGUCAUUUAACAGUAAUGUCUUUACCAGGAAAUCAUGACAUAGGAUUUGGGGAUACAAUUAUAGAAUCUAGUUUGGAAAGAUUUACGACUUUUUUUGGUGAUCCUUCUUCGCAAUGGACGGUAGGAAACCAUACUUUUGUCCUAUUAGAUACUAUUUCGCUUUCAGAUAGGCAGAACGAAAACAUAUCCGCGGUACCCAGAGAUUUCAUGCAUAAAUUCGAGAUGUCUUCACCAAAGUACCCAAGAAUUCUCUUGACUCAUGUUCCAUUAUUCAGAAAUCCUAUCGAACAACCUUGUGGAAAAAUGAGAGAAGCACAAAAACCGUUUCCUUUAAUGAAAGGACACCAAUACCAAACAGUUAUCGAUGAAGAUCUCUCGAAGGAAGUACUUUCUGCUAUUCAGCCCAAAAUCGUCUUUUCUGGUGACGAUCAUGAUUAUUGUCACGUGAAUCAUUCUUACUUUGCGAAUAAUCUUCCGAAAAUGGCUGAAGAAAUUACUGUAAAAUCAUGCGCCAUGAAUAUGGGUAUUUCAAAGCCAGCCAUUCAAUUGAUUUCGUUAUAUAAUCCAGAAAACGAUGACACAAAAACGACUUACAAAACGAAUAUCUGCUACUUUCCCAACCCAUACAAACCUAUCAUUUCAUAUUGUGUUGCUUUAAGCAUAUCAGCUGUACUACUGUUUUGGAUGACACUCUUACCACUUUCCUUCAACGAAACUGUCGUUAAACGGUUGCCGUUCAGAAAUGCUGAUCUUGGGUCAAUUCUUCCAAUUGCUGCAAAAGAAAACAACGCCAUAUCUAUCAAUGCUAUCAAUUUUAAAGCAGCUAAUUGGAGGGUAGAGAAGGAAAGAUCGUUCGUAAACUUUCUCUUGAAUAUGAUAGUCUUAAUAUCGUUCCUAUUUUUUGUAUUCAGUAUUUUCUAUAAAGGUAAGUAA